GCUGCGAUUCAGUUGAGUUUGAGAUCUUGUUGUGGUUGAACCUCGCUGCCCGACAACGAAGACAGCGUAACGAAGGCGAUUUUGUGGAGGAGCACUUGUUUUGAAAAGGCGGUCUGAAGCAAGAGAAGUACUUUCAGUUUCGUGCCGCAUGUUCCACUACUGAGUCAACCCCGGCUAUCGAGCAUCUCCUCAAAACCGGAAGCAGGAAUCGAUCAACCGUCGCAGCAAUCGGGCCGCAAACUGCGAUCAGAAGAGCAUUUCCCGCGGCCUACUGUGUGUUUGGUUGUGUGUGAUCGAAUGGUUACCGAAAUAGCGCACUUUGUGCAUUGUGUGACUGAGCUGUGAUUUGUAUCUCCACAUUGGAGAAGUCGGUAAUCACACAAACAAAUACGGUUGCGACGAAGUGGAUCGAAAAGUGUCUCAAAAUAAAGUGUCAUUCAGUGGUGGAGCGUGAAGCGCUCGAAGUGUGAAAAUUAGAAAGGUCCCGUUGAAGUUGGAAGACCUCGGGCUUUGUUAGGCAGAUUCCGACCCGAGGAUCCGAUCAAAGUGUGAAACCUGAUGCAACUGAUGGUUAUUUGUUAGGCAAUCAAUGCGAGUGGAGUUUGAGUGUGAGUUUCGGUGAAUAAUAUAGUUUUGGGGCCAAGUUGGUCCGAUGUGCCAAUAGUAGCGCCAAUAGUCGAGAGCACCAUGAAGAUGAACAGAGCUAGGAAGCUGUCACUGUGCGGCGUAGUCGUGGCAACGGUGGUGAUCGCUGUGCUACUUGGAUCAGUUGCCGAAGCACACGUCGCGUUGACGUUUCCACCGGCAAGAAAGUAUGACCUCGAUUUUCUGGACAAUUCGCGCACCAAAGCGCCCUGUGGGAUGCCGAAAGGUUCAUUGAAAACGUCGUUCCUGGCCGGAAGCACUUUCAACGUUUCGUGGCACCUCGCAUAUCCGCAUCGGGGGGGAUUCCGGCUCGAGAUUUUGGACCAGAAAGAGAAACCCAUCAUGAACCUUACGCCGGUAGUCAAGGGAAAGCCAUUCCUACGGGAAGAUGCUACAGCUCAACAGUUCCAGGUAUCGCUUCCGAAGGACUUCACCUGCCCGGAUUGUACUAUUCGGUUAACGCGGCAAGCCGAUGAGUGGGGUGGAAACUACCUGUUUUGGUCUUGCGCCGAUGUGGACAUCGUUCAGAGGAAGGAAUUCCGUGAAACUUGUUCCGGACAUGGAAAGUUCAUCGCACGAUGCAAAUGCGAAAAGAAGUACUACGGUAAUCGGUGUGAGUUUUGGGAUGAGUGUACCACGAAUCAGGACUGCGGUAUCCAGGGAACAUGUGUAGAUCUGGGGGGAACUUCACUACCUCGCAAACAGUGCUACUGCCGGCUCGGGUGGUUCGGACCAGGAUGCAACAAAAAAUCUCCAAUCAAAUCAACGGACAUUGAUUACUCACUUUACAAGCUUAAGAACCUAUCACCCGAUCUGAACGUGUAUUGGCGUGUUCUCAAAGAGCAGAGUGAAAUCGAAGUGGUUCUCAAGGUCAACGGAACAUCGUGGGUUGGCUUGGGAUGGCGCCCGCGGAAGAUGACGGCCGAAUGCAAGAACUUCCCGCUUAUCGGAGCAGCAGCAGCAGUUGAGGCUGGUUCGGCCGAGCCGGAACCGGGUGCAGAGCCAAAUGCUGAACCGGAACCAGGUGCAGAACCAGAACCUGGAAGUGAACCAGAACCGGAAGUAACUUCGGAACCAAAUGCUGAACCAGGUGCUCAUCCAGAACCCGAGCCUGAGAGCACUUCGGAGCCAGAACCGGAACCAAAAUCUCCUAAAGCUGAACCUGAACCAGAACCAGCUGCCGCUGAACAUGAACCGGAAGUAGCUUCGGAACCAGAACCGGAAAGCACAUCCGAACCGGAACCGGAAUCCAAGGCGGAACCAAGCGCUGAACCUAAGUCUAACAAGAAGAGUAAACGCGCUACUUCCGACUCACACCCACCUGCAAGCGAGCCCGAACCGGAGUCAUCCCCCAAGGCGGAACCAGAGCCCAAGUCCGAACCGGCAUCGGAACCAGAGCCAAAGGCGGAAACCACUGCCAAACCGAAGCCAGCCGCACAGAAGAAGGCCAACCCCUGGACACCGCGACACGAUUUCAACCCCAUGGAUUGUACGGAUAUCGUCAUCGGAACGGCUCGUGGCGAGAGUCAUCGAGUGUGGGACUACUACACCCGGGAUCGAUCCACUCCACGGGUGGACUCCUUCUGGGGAGGCAAAUCCGACCUGACCGCUACCGGAGGCUUCGAAGUCGAUGGCGUUACGACGAUUGUGUUCCGAAGAAAGCUGGAAGCCAACGAACCAACGGAUCACUCGUUUGUGGACGAUCUGAUGCACGUCAUCUGGGCUAAAGGACAGGAACCGGGAGCAUAUGUUCAUUCUCCACCAUCCGGACUGGAGAAGGAAAUGGCCAGCGUGAAGGACUUCUAUAUGCGUGAUGAGCUGAAGUACCACGGUCAUCGGAUGCAGCGUGGCGUUACGCAGAUCAACUUCUUGGAAGAGAAGAAACUUGAACCGGUGAAGGCAGCCAACGGAUCGAUGGCCAUGCCUGAGGAUGGCGUCAUUGUACCAUCUGGUCCAAAAAGCCACGAAUUAGAUGAUGAAUGUCAAGGUUUCUGGAAGUACCCUAGGGACUGCGAGUUGGACAAACAUAACUGCGAGUACUAUGCUAGCUGGCAAGUCACCGGCAAAGGCGAUUCCAUGCACUUCCACAUCGAAACCAACAAUACUGGAACUUGGACCGGUAUUGGAUUCAGCAAGGAUCAGAAGAUGUCCCAAACUGAUGCCGUAAUUGGAUGGGUGGACUUGAACGGAAGGCCUUUCCUGAUGGACACAUGGAUUAAUGGAUACUCAUCUCCAAAGCUGGACGAUCGUCAGGAUUUGUUCAACGCAUCUGGAAAGAUUCAAAACGGAAUGACCAUAAUGGACUUCAGUAGAAAGCGCGACACCAUGGACGACAGCGACUUGGCCUUCACGGAAGACCAGUGUCUGUACCUAAUGUUCCCACUGAGUGGAGGAAUGUUCAACCCAGUGAAUAAGAAGAUCAGGAAGCAUGAAUCAGUUCCUGUAGUGACGGACACCCGAGUGUGCAUCAAAUCCUGUCCGAAGCUGUUCGAAUAUCUGUUCAAUCCUUCCGUAACUCCAGCACCUGAACGAGUUGCCUAUCGGGCAGCCAUUAUGCUGACGAACUUGGCUACAGGAUUUGAAGUUCCGGAAACUGGAACCCCAGAGUACAAUGAUCUGUCGAAAUCUAUUACGGAGAGCUUCAACGGUAUGCUCAAAGGCGUCGGAGGAUUCCACAAAACCGAUGUGGUCAAUUUUGAAAAGGACGCCAACGGAGUCUUGGUCAACAUGAACAUUCUGCUGAACAAGGAUGGAAUCGAGAGCAAUCUGGUGGAUGAUCCAGCGAAGCUGGAGCAAACUAUCCAACAUCUGAUUCAGAACAAUUUGUCUUCCGGAAAGGUUGGGGCUCUAUCGGUUGAUCCGGAGUUCCUAGAAUUCAUGGCGUUGGAAUAUAAGCAACCGAUCAAAGAGGAACCCUCGUUCUUCGAGCGAGCUGGAACCAGGCUGUUCACGAUCCUGGGCUGUAUCGCUGCCCUGGUGUUCAUUGCCAUCGUGCAGGCAAGUUGCACUAUCUACAAAACGAGGUCGACGAGGCGGAUGAAGGAACAACUGAUCCCCAACUCGGCCUGGAAGGAUUACUCGUCCAACACCAACUAUGCGUUCGAUAACUUUGAAGCGGACAUGAAGAGCGGUCAUCACGGUAAGCACCGGUCGGACCGGAGCUACAGCAAUGGCAAUAGUCAGCAGACGACACUGCAGAUGUCGCACUCGCCGAACAAGUCUCAGUACUACGAGAUUGACCGGACCGAUGGAAUGCAUCGGGAACGAAGCAACGGUGGCGAUCACAGAAACGGUUCAAUGUACCCACGCUCGACGCACGACCGCAGCGGUAAUGGUGAGCGGUCCUCCUCAUAUGCCGAACGAGCUUAUUCCCUGCCGCGACCAAUGCACCAACAGCAGCAGCAGCAACAACAGCAACACCACCAGCAAUCCCAUAUGCAACGACCCAGUGGAUCCGAAUACUAUACCCAGGACCGCCGUAGCAAAUCCCGGUCCAGUCAGCAGACCCCAUCGUCGGGAGGAGGCGCCGCCCACUAUGCCACCAGUUCGAUAACCAACGGCAACGGAAUGCAGUAUCAGCAGGCGAGCAUGCACCAGAACCACAUGCCGGAAUCGUCGGACCUGUACUUCACCCCAACGCAGCGGAAGUACUCCGGCGAGGUGGUGAGGGUCUUUGUCGACUACAACAAGGACAAGAAAUAGAGUCGGGGAGGCAUUUUUGCGUGACUUUAUGUGUGGUGAGUGCAUCGCGAAGCGAUGAAGACGUCAACAUGCAGUGCACUGUGUUCUAUUUAGUCGACUUUGGGCGCUUUGUGAAUAGCAAACAAACCGUUAAUUUUAGCGAUAAGCUUUGCUCGAAGAAGUUUCUUAUUAGGUAUAUAAGGGUGCAUCCUUUGAUGUGAAAAGUUUACUGAUCAUUCUUGAAGUGAAGGCCACGCGUAACCAGAGUUCUUUCGAUAGUUUAUGAAUAAGGUUCAUACCCGAGUAGACUCAAACAAACAUAUUCUAUCAAGUUUGGAGUCCACCGGCUUUCUAGGUUUAUCCAAGAAGUCCGUUGAGCUUAGGUCUUCAGAUCAACAUACGUAACUAGUAAUCUCUUGACGAUAUAUCUGACAGCGUGUUAUUUUUAAUCCCGUAUAGGUAUCAACUUUGAUCCUAAUCCUUCAAAGGUCAUUGAUUACGCUUAAAGAUCUGAAGGCCUGAUUUCUACAGUUCUUGGUUGACCUGAUCUUAGUGAUCAGACAAACUAGCAUACAAUUUACAUACCUUAACAUAACGUUUUUCUAACAAGUCUUGUCUGUAGUAGACUUAAUACAAGAAAUUUCAUACAAAACGAUUUUCGCGGGUUUGAAUUAUAUUCACGUAAAAUUCCUUUACGUACUUCUGAUCCAUUACGUAAAAAGAGGUGUACCAAGAAAUCUCUCCGAACAAACUUUAUCGCUAAAAUCAACGGUUUUUGCGCCAUUGAAAAAGCGCACAAAAUCAACAACAUAAAAUACUGUGCAAUGCCAGCCAGCCAGCCAACAACGAAAUGCAAUGCGAAAGAAAGUGAAGUGAGUGUCGUCUAUUUGAUAGGCACAAUGAAGGGCAUGCCUGGCAGGAGAAUGCAACCAGAUGCAGUAGCUUUUCCUCUACUUAAUUAUGAUUCAGUUUGUGUUAUUGUUUUUCGCACCCUUCAGUUGAGCCACACAUGAUUUCAAUUCACUUUUAUUUAUAUAGAUUAUGAUUUUGUUUUUUCCUAUGCAAUCUUUACAUUAGGAUGAAACAUGAUGAUCAAACUACAUAAAUCUUUAGUUACAUCCCCCUAAUUCGUUGAUUUGGGCCUCUAGAAUAUACUGGGAAAGUUCGAUCGAAAUCUGGCAACUCUAAGGUGGUUACCCUAGGUAUAAGUUUUUUGAUUCUUAACGAAUACUCUUCCAGUAUGUUGUUGUCUCUUCUCUAUUGAUGAGAGAAUCUUCAAAUAACGGAAGAAUUUUAUCGACCACAGCUUACCUCACGGUCAAAAUUGUAGUUGGAACAGAUUCUUUACAAACACAAUUCAAACUCGUAUAGCCGCCUCUAAGAAUUGACGGAUUUCGCUUUAACUUUCACAGAAACUUCUGGAAUUCAAAAGAACAAAUUUGAGGGGUGCAACUCAAAAUUUUUACAGUUGAUUAUAAAAAUGGGCCACCUUACUCUAUAUCCUCCUCUGUCUGUUUCACACACACAAAUCAGGGAGCCGAAGUCACAACAACAAGAAUAAUCACAGUUUUAGUUAUUUUUUCCCCAAUAGACCUAAUGAGCGAACGUUAAGCAGAGAGCAUGUGCAGAUUGAACCCAGAAUUUUAUAUUUAACCUCAAAAGGACAGAAUAGUUCAUCCGACCGGUUGGAAGCAAGCUUCACCGGAACAGGUCGGAUUGGGCGCGUGUAAAUUAUGGUUUUAUACAUUUUUGUUAUGUAGUACUCGAGUAUAAGUUUUAGUCAGCCAUUAUCCUCUAAUCGCGGGUAGAUUCGUUCACGAUAGGAAAUAAUCACAAGUUGCGACGACACACAUCGGUCUGUAAAAUUGUAGGAUGUUACGAUGUUAGGUAUGUAUAGCUAUUUGAAUUGAUCAUAAGCGGGACACAUGCGAUUUGAAAGGGGCAACGAAUGAUUAGAUCUUUCGUUUACAAAUAUCGAUGUUAUGUGUCCUUAGAGUUAUGUUACGCAAUUUUAUAAAAAAAUACAUUAGUAAUACUUGUAAUUAGAUUCCAUUAUCUUUACCGGAAUGAACCAUUGAAAAUAAAACAGAUGCUGAUGGCAUGGACUGCCACCUGGAUGUACUCAAUAAAUUUUAUAAUAUUUUA